ACAUGGUCCAAGAUGGCGGACCAAACAGUAAGAUCAAAAGGAGAAGAUAACGGCAAUGCUACGAAGACUCAAGAACUUCUGACGCGGUUCUCCAGUACUGUUUUUGCUUUUGACACAUCUCCAGACACAAGAUACAUAAGAUGCGACUUUCCACAAUGCAAGCAGCAUUCAGAAGCUUUACAAGGGAAACCUUGUUGGCUCCUCAACACCAUAAAGAACGUAAAAUUUCUAGAAAGACAUGUGGGCAAAGAAGUUCAUCAUUACAUGAAAGAAAGGGAUUCUGGAACUGAUGAUCCGUUCAGCAACUCUCAUCUUGUUGAUAGCAAGGAUUUUAUUGAGAGGCAAUGGUUACCCAAUGGAGUCAGAAAGGUUCUUGCUGUGUUUAAUUUAAAAGACCCACAAUCUCAGUUUGGGGAUUGGAUUUCCUUGUUUCUGAAAGCUGCUCUUAGGGCUGAAGGGACUCACAAUAAUGAUUGCAUGGUCAUCACUCAGAACUUUGUGAGUCGUCAAGAACUGAUGGAGUCAAUUGCAAAGCUGUCAUUCUUGAACAGUCACUGGCCAACAGUUGAAGUUGUCGCAGUAUUGAGCUGUCACUCAAGUUGUCAAGGUCAAGUUUUCUCAUGCACUCCAUUUGCCAUUGGAAAAGAGAGUGGAUUUGAGGAAUUUUGUUCUCUCCAUGACUUUGUGAUGGCUAGUCAGACAGUGCUGAAAGAUGUUCUGAUGGCUACCCAUAUCUCAUCUUGUUUCACAUUAAAAUUAGAUUGCUCUCACGUGGAUUGGCCCGUAGAUGCUGAUUGGCUGAAGACAAGACUUCGCUCCAUUCUUUGCGGUAGUACAAAAGAAGUUUACGAGACUGGUUCCCAAGUUGCUGAUCUUCAUUUGAUGCUCUCGACAAUGGUUUGCAAUAAGACGACCGGCACAUGUGGUACAAGACUGAAGGAUACCGUGAACAGAGCAUGCGCUGAGGGAUUUCCAGAUCUAGCAAGGGAGAUGGGAUUAGGGUUCUUAGGCCGAGAUAAUGUCGAGGAAAGGCUUUCAACAGAAGGCAAAGAAGAUCAGGUCACUCCUCCUGGUUUGGUCAUGUCAUCUAUGAGGGUCAUUUUUCUUGUCCAGGACGACUUUCCUUCUGCAUUAAACCAAGAGGCUUACAAUUCUAAGCAGUUUGGAUCGUAUAUUGCCUUGGCUGACGCUAUUGUUGCAAAUCUUCGAAUGCGUAAAGCUUCGGACGUUAAAUUCGAGGAUAUGGUUUUCCACAUGAAAGUCGGUGAAAUCUGCCUCAUCCAAGAGUCACUGAAGAACUAUCUAGAUCAUUUGCCCAAUGAUAACCUCAAAGUUAUCUUCGUAGCAAUAGGACCAAUGUUUUCCAGGCCGAACUUAGAGCUUAUUAAGCUUAUCAAGGAGUGGAACGAUCUCAGAACAGGUGAUAUUUGUUAUGGAAUUCACUUUCAACAUGUUACAGCUAUGCAGGCCUUUGUAAUGAAAAAUAAGCUCAAAGAGAUCCAGGAAAAUAGCGAAACGACGUCUGGUAACGGACAUCUUGCGGUGACUGGGCUUAUAGAAGAUGACAACAGAGCAGACUGUUCUGCCUCAUUCCCAGUACUUCUCUACAUGAUUCAUCUUGCCAUUGGGGAGAAUGGAAACCGAUUAGCUGGGAAAGGAAUUCCCUCAGCUGUUUACAGUAAAAAGCCAGUUGGACAUGGUUUAUCAUCGUGGACGUUGGAAGAAGUGUACAUGGAGACUUGCUACGUUUUGUCAGGCUUGGGUAGAAAGUGUGGACUCCAUUUGUUAUCAGCGGCGCCAAAGCCUGUAGAGUCCAAAUCUACGAUUGAAACAUUUGGGAAAGCUACCCACAUGACUUCCAGUGGAGGAAACAAGUUGGAAUCUGUUCACGAGAAAGGAGUUUCCACUUGUCUUUCCAAUAGUGACGUCCAACCCCCAGCGCGCAAUCCAGAGGAAGAUUCUUCCUCUCACGUAACGUUACCUUCAAUUGUAUGCACAUCUACAACAAACGAAAACGCAUGUCAAUCGUUUCACGACAAUUUAGGGAAUAAUGUGCCAAGCACUCUGCCCACUACAGUAAGAAAGGAGCAAGGCCGUAAAAUGUGGCAGUGCGAGACACCCACAACUUCCAGUGCAGAGAGAACUGAAGAUAAAGCUGUACAUGCAUGUAGCUCUGGUUCUAACAUUGUGACAUGCGCUAAGGCGUUAGCUGAGGAAGUGUUCAACAACAGCGAUAAGUCUUCGCUUGAAAACAUUACCAUUACUGAAGGAAAUGAGCUUGACGAUGUCAUGAGUCAAAGCAUUCCAUCGUCAGCCUCAAACUAUUUGUUAGCAACUUAUCCACUGGGAAAAAAUUCAGUAUCAUCAAAGGAAAAAGAUGGCAACUUUAAGACAGAUCAUGACAAGCAAAGGCUUGUUGAGGAACCAUGUGGCGCGACGUGUUUGGAGAAUUCACCUUCAAUUUUCAGUUUAUCUGCGACCGUACACAAGGAGGAUGCGGGGUUCAAGGAGGAGGAAGCGGGGUUCAAGAAGGAAGAAGCGGGGUUCAAGGAGGAGGAAGCGGGGUUCAAGGAGGAGGAAGCGGGGUUCAAGGAGGAGGAAGAAUACAGUCAGGAGAGAAGCAGGUGUGUGAAGGAGGCAGAUGGAGCACCUUUUCAGCAGGAGCCAUUCGUGGACGGUGGCUCAGAUGGGAUGAGCACAGUCUCGGUACAGAGGAACGAAAGUGAAAUGAAGCCGAUUGGUGAUGAAUCUCGGCUUUUUGAAGAAGCAGACAAUGGUUUGUGUCACAAGGAAAAAGGAUCCAUGGUUCGUAAGGAUCCAUGUACAGCUGUUAGCCCUAACCCGUGCGUGACCCAAGAGUGGGAGGGUAAGAGUUUAACAGAGGAAAAAGGAGAAAUGGAACUGACAAACUAUGAAGAUGUCUUGCGUAAGGAUUCGGAAGGUGUGAUAUGCUGCAACAAACUGAGUCCAGCCAUUGUGCCGGUUAGGGCAGACGCAAACCUAGGGGAGGGGUCCCAGGAUGCAGAAGUUACAAUGUACCGAGCUGAGGAUGGGCCUCGUCCUGAGCAUUUAUCGUCGAUUAGUAGCUUUGAUGCUACGAACAUGAGCACGUCAAUGGUAGAAGGAACCUCAGGGGAAACUAUAGUGGAUGAAAAUGCACCCACGAUUCCUCCCUCGUCUCCUGGAAAAUGUGGGGCAGAUAAACAUGCAGUUCUGGAAAAGAGGAAGAAGAAGAAGGAUAAAAAGAAGAAAAACAAGAAAAAGGAUAGGAUUAGGUCAGCGGUAACCGUAAGUGACACAAGUUCCUGCACUCUGCCGAAUGGAGUGCAAAUGAAGAUGUCAUUCCAAUCAUGGCUUCAGAAUUUUACGGAUUAUUGUAAAGGAAACCAUGAGGUGGAGUGCAAAGAAGUCGAAACUGAUGAUGCCACUAAUGUUGGUGAAAAAGCAGAUAGAAAAGGCAGUUGUGGGGGGAAGAGGCCUCUAUUGACUGAUUUCGUUUGCGACGUACCUCAAAAUCUAACUAAGAGAACAAAAAGCGAAUCUGAUUCUGAUUGUAAAGGAAGGAGGAACGAUGAAAGAUUUAUUAGCUGUAAAUGGGAUAAAAGCGACGAUCUGCCGUUAAUGGCAAACGUCGACGAAGUUCUCGUGUAUCACUACAUUCUUGACUUGUCUGUCGAAUUCAAUGAAAAAAGUAUGAAAGGAAACAUAGUGCUAUUUCUUGAACCUCGCAACGAGGAGGUCACGAAAAAGCAAUUUCAAAUGACGUUGGACAGUACCUUGGUGAGCAUUGAAUCUGUGAGCGAAGUUGUUCUUCCAGAUGAUUUCCAGGUAACAUUUUGCGGACAGAAACAAAGCGGCCUUUUGACACCCGAAAUGUCUUUUUCAGAGGUACAACUCGGCUUCUUAGGGAACAUUGUUGGCGACAAAUCCCAUACGCCUUUGCCGUUUAAGGGCCUGUCGUAUUCAGUGUAUGGUUGGUUUGUACAGAUUUCGAAACCUGAAGCAACUGGCAAGGCGUGGCCAAGAUGUGUGUGGAUUAAAUACCACACCAGUCCAGAAGGAUCGUCAUUGACUUGGGCUACUGAUCAAGAUGGCAAGCCCUCUGUAUUCUCGCCCGGUGCUUACAUCAACAAUCGUUCUCUGAUGCCAUGUCAGGAGCCUCCUGUUGCCAUGUCAACAUGGCAGGCAUCCAUCCACGUUCCGGAGGGCUGCGUUGUCUUAAUGAGUGGGAAUCAGUUUGUUGGGAAAACCACUGGGAAUGGUGAUCAAGUGACGUACCACUAUGAGAUGGAUUGUCCUCUUCCCUGCUCAACUCUGGCAUUGGCUGUGGGGUGGUGGCAGUGCCGGCUAUCAAGAACCGCCGACACUAAAAAUGGUGAUAACCCCAACGUGCCGGUAACGUGUCGUUUGUUUGCUCCGCCUAGUUUGAUUGACAGGGCGGCAGAGGAGUUGCUAGGAUACGCUCCUAAAUUUCUAGAAGCUUCCUGCGAGUUGUUGGGUCCUUUUCCAUUCAGAAGGUUGGACAUGUUGGUUUUGCCAAAGUGUUUCGCUUGCAUGGGACUCAAAAGUCCCAAUCUGGUGUUUCUGUCCCAGUCUCUUCUUUCUGGUGAGGCGAGCAUGCGUGUACGCCUUGCACAUGAGAUCUCGCAUGCCUGGUUCGGGCUCCUGGUUGGCACCAAGGAUUGGAGAGAGGAAUGGCUUUCAGAGGGGUUCGCCACGUUCGUCGAAGAGAAGAUUCAAUCAAAGGCUGAGAGGUGGUCCAGGGAUAAAGACAGGUUUUUUCGAGAAAUGAGGCAAAUUCUUCGGCACAGAUGUUUGUUGUCUGAAAUCAAAGAAUGUGAUGACAGUCUCAAGUGUUUGAGGCCUAAAGUCGUGAAACCGAAAUCUGCUAUUUCGGUGGCUGAAGCUGUUGAGAGGAGUUCUUGUCAGCCGGAUUCUUCAUCUAUCAAACCGCACACUGUGGUCCAGUUCGGUCAAAUCUGCUCCAAAAAAUGGACACAAGUUCAUUACCUCAAGGGCUACUUUUUGCUUCAUCGCAUGGCGAAUAUGGUUGGACUUGAAGAAUUUGAUCAGUUUUUGUUCGAGUAUGUGCAGCAUUUCAAAGAACAACUUGUUACUUCAGAGGACUUCUUCGGCCUCUUUAUGGAAAGGUUUCCCAAUGUGCCAAGAGAAAUGAAGGACAAGCUCACGCAUGAAUGGCUGGAAAGCCCUGGAUUACCUAGGUCUUUUCCGAAGAGGUUUGACAGCCCGGACAAUGAACUUGUUUCUCAGGUGGAAAACGAGUUUCAGGUCUGGAAGAAACAAGAUACGAUUAACAAACGGAACAAGACGCUCAAAGUUCGAAAGAGAAAGAAACCUCCCAGCUCCAAUUUGGAGGUCGCUGAACAAGUUGUUUUGUUGCUGGAAAAACUUUUGGAGCGAGAGGCGAUAUCCCAUAACACACUGCGUCAGUUGGACAAAUGCUACAACUUAUCAAACGGAAAUGCCGAGAUUCGACAUCGCUGGUGUGAACUCGUGGUAAAACAUAAUUACACUUCUGGGUUACCAGAUGUACAAAAAUUUUUGGUAGAGGAUCAGGGAAUGGGUAUCUACCUUUUUGGUGAAUUGAUCAUUUCUCAGCAACCCAGACAACGCGCUUUAGUGGAUGACGUUCUGGCAGAAAUCGGUCCUGAGAUGGAUAGGUGCACUUAUCAAACUGUAAAGGACAUGUUGGAGGGAAAUGACUAACGGCUCGGGAAACCACUUGUGAGCUUUGCGUGACAGUUCAAUUGGGAUUCAAGUGAGAGCAUCACGUAACACCCCAAAUCAUCGUAUUUAAUGUUUUGUGACGGCACGAAUCAAGGUCUCAAUGGAAAUUUGUCAGGGAAAUAAGUGUCACGUCACUUGUCUGGUCAUGGCUUCCUGGGAAGAUUACUCAACAUGACGUUAAGCUCAUCCGUAUAAAAUUCAGCGAAUAAUUUUGUUUCUACAGUUUUUGGCAAAUAUUAUCUAAAGUGAUCUUUUAUAGCUAGAAAUAAGUGUGUAAAUAACGAGAAUAACUUAUUCUUCCACAAAUAAUUCUACUCGGAUUAAUGAAAAAAAACAAUGAUUAUCUCUUGUAAGUCACUGGCCUGUCAAGUUUGGGCAAUAGAUCACAUUUUCCUAGGCUCUGUAAUGUGAUAAAGCCACUUGGAAUGUUGAGUGAACACGAGGAAAGCUUAGAAAUUACAAGCUGAAGGCGUGUGAUUUAUAUGCUUUGGAGUGUUCUUCCAACAUCCCGUGUGGCUGUUUCACGUUGUAGAGCCCAGAAGAAAUGCGUUCUAUUUCUUUAAUGACACAACUAGUUACAAGCGAGCUAUAUGACCAGGUGAAGCAUCGCUUGGAAAUUGAAGAGACCAAUCAGACUGUGUACUAUGUUCAUUGGUAGAACUUAUUGUAGUGUUCCAUACGCAUGCGCUUUUGGGAUAUUUUAGAACUUUCCGAACUGUUUCUCCUUAGAUAAUAACAUAUCAACUUUUUACUAUUCUAGUUCUUGUAAUUUCCCUUGGCAGGAUCUCUGAAAAUGUUUCAACAACAUUAAUAUUAUCAAAGAUGCUGCAGCUUCUGCUCCAUUUCUACAAAGCCAGGGCUCAACACUAACGGUAGCCCACUAGCCACAGACUAGUAGAAAUUCAGUUUUGGCUGGUGGUUUUCAAUUUC